AUGCAGAAAGCAUCCGUCUUCUUCUUGUUCUUCUUCUUCCUCUUCAAUUUCCUUGUAAUAGACUUGGUUCAUUCGGAUGCAAAUUUUGUGUUCAAUGGAUUCUCCCAAGCAAACUUGAGCUUGGAGGGAGACUCAUUUGUAAAAUCCAAUGGAAUGCUGGUUUUGACAAAUGACUCAUCUAAACUCCUAGGCCAUGCAUUCUACCCAUUUCCUUUGCAGUUCAGGAAUCACAGACUUUUCGACAACAUCAAAUCUGCAUCUUCUGCUGUUGUGAGUAGCUUCAGCACUAACUUUGUAUUCUCCAUUGUUCCAAAGUAUCCUGAACUUGGUGGCCAUGGCCUUGCUUUCGUUCUCUUCUCCUCCAAGGAUCCAGAAAACUGUCUUCCAAACCAGUACUUGGGGCUCCCGAAUUUCACAAUCAUUACAGAAGUUCCAAUUCGAAUGCUUGCUGUCGAGUUUGACAUUGUUCAAAAUUUUGAAUUCCAAGACAUGAAUGACAAUCAUGUGGGGAUUGACAUAUCCAGCUUGAUCUCCAACAUAUCCGAGCCAGCAGCCUAUUUUAGUAGUAACUCGAGAAACGGUGAAAAUGGCAACAAAAACAUCUCCAUCAUUCUUAAGAAUGGCGAUCCAGUUCAAGCUUGGGUUGAUUAUGAUAGCCAGGCGAAGGUCAUGAAUGUUUCUAUAUCUCCUAUUGGCGUGUCCAAACCUUGUCAACCUUUGAUAUCAUUCUCAACUGAGCUCUCACCGGUUCUGGAUGAAUUUAUGUACAUUGGUUUCUCUGCUUCAACGGGAUUGCUCACUGCAGCCCACAAUAUCCAUGGAUGGAGCUUUAGAAUUGGUGGGAAAGCACAGGACUUGAAUCCAAAGGACCUCCCAACUCUCAAUUCUAAUGAGGUAGUUCACCAAAAAGGAUUCAAAAUAGGCAUAACUUUAGCUAGAAUAACUCUUGUCAUCUUGGUAAUAUCUGGUGCUAUUCAUGUCCUAUGCAGAAUCAGAAAUGAAGACGAAAUAUUAGAAGAUUGGGAAGUUGAAUAUGGAACUCGGAGAUUCAAAUACUCUGAGCUUUACAAUGCCACUAGGGGGUUUGGAGACAGGAACCUUAUUGGUUCUGGAGGAUUUGGGAGGGUCUACAGAGGGGUAAUCCCAAGCACAGGUCUAGAAGUUGCAGUGAAGAGAAUUGCACAUGAUUCUCGACAAGGGAUGAAAGAAUUCGUAGCAGAAAUCACAAGCAUGGGGAGACUCAGGCAUCGAAAUCUUGUCCAGUUACAUGGCUGGUGUCGAAAAUUAAACGAGCUCCUUCUGGUUUAUGAUUACAUCCCAAAUGGUAGCCUUGACAAGCUUCUCUUUGAAAAUGGCAUGCCAAAUAAGAAACUGACUUGGAAUCAACGAUACAAGAUCAUUAUUGAUGUUGCACAAGCAUUGUCGUACCUCCAUGAAGAAUGCGAUCAAAGAGUUAUACACAGAGAUGUGAAACCAAGCAAUGUUCUUAUAGAUGCUGAUCUAAGUGCAAAACUAGGAGAUUUUGGCCUAGCAAGGAUUUAUGAACAUGGACUCCGUCCAGAAACAACCCACAUUGUAGGAACUCUAGGAUACUUAGCCCCAGAACUAACCAGGACAGGGAAAGCCACAACUAGCACAGAUGUUUAUGGAUAUGGGAUUUUACUCCUUGAAGUUGCCUGUGGAAGGAAACCAAUAGAGCCACAGAAAAAUGCAGAAGAAUUGCUUUUGGUUGAUUGGGUUAGAGAACAGCAAUCCAAAGGAGAAAUCGUUAGAGCUGUGGAUCCCACAUUGGAUGGAUAUGAUGAAGAGGAAGUGGGUUUAGUGCUCAAACUUGGGUUGCUUUGCUCUCAUCCUCAUCCUGAGUACAGACCCACCAUGAGAAGGGUUGUGCAGUUUCUGAUGAGAGAUGCUAGCCUUCCUGCAUAG